UCAGGGCUAGAGGAUGCAGAGAGGGGACUCCUGAGAGCCGCCACAAUGAAAGACGGAACACAUUUCUGCACCCAGUGACCGGCCAGACUCCAGAAGAAAACAAAAGAUUUGACUUGAGAAAAUCUGCCUCGGACAUGUCCAGUAAAACUGGUGGAAAGCGCCCGACAACCACCCCCAGUGACACAGCCAACAACAACAUGGUGUCUGAGGUCCCCCCAGAGCGGCCCAAUGUCAAGGCACCCCGUACUUCCCGCAAAGCUAUAGCCUUUGGCAAACGUUCCAACUCCAUGAAGAGAAACCCCAAUGCUGCUGUCACAAAGAGUGGCUGGCUCUUCAAACAGGCCAGCUCUGGGGUGAAGCAAUGGAAUAAACGCUGGUUUGUCCUGGUGGAUCGAUGCCUCUUCUACUACAAAGAUGAGAAGGAGGAGAGUAUCCUGGGAAGCAUCCCACUCCUGAGCUUCCGGGUGGGGGCUGUGCAGCCCUCGGAUAACAUCAGCCGAAAAUAUACCUUUAAGGUGACGGUGUGCUGGGCAGGAGAGGCCAGGGCCAAUCCCACAAACUGCCUCUCCCCGCAGGCUGAGCAUGCUGGGGUCCGCACCUAUUUCUUCAGUGCCGAGAGCCCUGAGGAGCAGGACUCCUGGAUCCAGGCCAUGGGUGAGGCAGCCCGGGUACAGAUUCCCCCAGCUCAGAGGUCAGCCCCUCAAGCUGUUCGCCACAGCCUUGAGAAGCCAGACUCGGAGAAUAUCCCACCCAGCAAACACCACCAUCAUCACCAUCAGCCCCGAAACAGCAUCCCCAAACCAGAGCCAGAGUCCAAGACACGAGGGGAAGGAGAUGGCCGAGGCUGUGAGAAGACAGAGCGGAAGCUGGAGCGACCAGAAGUCAAGAAAGAACCAUUGUUGAAAGCCAAUGGUGUCCCGACUGGACCAGAACCAGCGUUAGAGCCAGGCAGCCCCUACCCAGAAGCCCCGCGAGUGCCUCCUGGUGGGGAGCGAGGGACCCAACCCAAUGGCUGGCAAUAUAGUUCACCCAGCAGGCCAGGCAGCACUGCUUUUCCACCCCAGGAUGGGGAGAGCAUCGGGCACCGUCGGAGCUUCCCACCCCGAACAAACCUAGAUAAGAUCGCUCAGCGCAAGAGCUCCAUGAACCAGCUACAGCAGUGGGUGAACCUACGUCGGGGAGCACCACCACCUGAGGAUCUUAGGAGCCCCUCCAGGUUCUACCCUGUGUCCCGCCGAGUCCCUGACUAUUAUGGCGCUUACUCCCCCCAGUACCCAGACGAUUACCAGUACUACCCUCCCGGGGUGCGCCCAGACAGUAUCUGCUCAAUGCCAGCCUAUGAUCGGAUCAGCCCACCCUGGACCUUGGAGGAGAAGCGCCACUCCUUCCGAAAUGGGGGCAGCACCGCCUACCAGCUCCGGGAGUGGAAGGAACCUCCUGGCUAUGGGCGCCAGGACGGCACCGUCUGGAUCCCCAGCCCUGCCCGGCAGCCCGUCUACUAUGAUGAACUGGACGCUGCCUCGGGUUCCCUUCGCCGCCUCUCCCUGCAGCCUCGUUCCCACUCCGUGCCCCGGUCACCUAGUCAAGGAUCUUACAGCCGGGCUCGCGUCUACUCCCCUGCUCGGUCACCGAGUGCCCGCUUUGAGCGACUGCCGCCUCGGAGCGAGGACAUCUAUGCAGACCCUGCUGCCUAUGUGAUGAGGAGAUCUGUCAGCUCCCCCAAGUAUGAUUACCUGGGUGACCGGCGGCCUGUCCCUGCAGGAAUAUUCCCUUACAACUAUCCACCAUCCCCCACUGUUCAUGAUAAAAUGAUGAAUGAGAGUGAGACUCUCAUCAGUAUGGUGAACCGAAUGGUGGAAAAUUCUUCCCCCAGGGCCCAGCUAUUCAUGCAAGUUCCUUCUUACUCAGAGGUGUUCCGGGAUGGUGUCCAUACCUACAAGUUAAACGAGCAAGAUACUGAUAAGCUUCUGGGCAAGCUAUGUGAGCAGAACAAGGUGGUGAGAGAGCAGGACCGGCUUGUACAGCAGCUCCGGGCAGAGAAGGAGAGCCUGGAAAGUGCUUUGAUGGGCACCCACCAGGAGAUGGAGAUGUUUGGGAGCCAGCCCGCCUAUCCUGAGAAGCUACUGCAUAAAAAGGAAUCCUUGCAGAACCAGCUGAUCAACAUUCGGGUCGAGUUGUCCCAGGCCACUACGGCUUUGACUAACAGCACCAUAGAGUAUGAAACUCUAGAGGGGGAGGUCUCUGCCCUGCAUGAUGACCUUUGGGAGCAGCUCAACUUGGACAUCCAGAAUGAGGUCCUUAACCGGCAAAUCCAAAAGGAGAUCUGGAGGAUCCAGGAUGUGAUGGAAGGCCUUCGGAAGAACAACCCAUCCCGGGGCACAGAUACUGCCAAGCACCGAGGAGGGCUUGGCCCUUCAGCCACCUUCAGCUCCAAUAGCCCUGCAAGUCCCCUCAGCUCAGCCAGCCUCACCAGCCCCCUGAGCCCAUUCUCGAUGGUGUCUGGCUCCCAGGGGUCUCCCACUAAGCCUGGGCCUCAUGAGGAACCUGGCCCUCCUCGGCCUCCCCUCCCCAAAGCGUAUGUCCCCCUGGAGUCUCCUCCAACAGUCCCUCCGCUCCCUAGUGAAAGCCGCUUCUGGCCGCACCCCAACUCUCCCUCCUGGCACCGAAGUGGCGAGACAGCCAGGGGCCAGCCAAAGGGAAGCUACGAGCAGAGCAAGAAGGACCCUCACCAGACAUCUCCUUCGGAUGCCCCCAGAGACAUCAGCCUCAUGCCCACCAGACAAGAGCUGGAGGCUGAUAAGCAGGCAGCUCUCAAUAAAGUUGGCAUCGUGCCCCCUCGGACAAAGUCACCCACUGAUGAGGAGGUAGCGCCGUCAACAGUGGUGAGGAGGAGUGCCGGUGGGCUUCCCAAUGGACCUGUCUCCCGGCAGGAGCGUCCCAAGAGUGCAAUGUUUCCCAACGAGGUGAAGGCCAAGAUGAGUGUGGAGGAGCAGAUCGACCGCAUGAGGCGGCAUCAGAGCAGCUCCAUGAAGGAGAAGCGUCGGAGCCUACAACUCCCAGCUGGCCCAUCCCCUGACCCCACUGCCCGACCCUCCUACAAAGUGGUGCGCCGUCACCGCAGCAUCCAUGAGGUGGACAUCUCCAACUUGGAGGCAGCACUGCGGGCAGAGGAGCCUGGUGGACAGGCCUAUGAGACGCCCCAGGAAGAGAUUGCCCGACUUCGAAAGAUGGAACUGGAACCCCAACACUAUGAUGUGGACAUCACCAAGGAGCUCUCCACACCCGACAAAGUCUUCAUCCCCGAACGGUACAUUGAGCUGGAGCCAGAAACCCCCCUGAGCCCAGAAGAGAUGAAGGAGAAGCAGAAAAAAGUGGAAAGGAUCAAAACCCUCAUUGCCAAAUCCAGUAUGCAGAACAUGGUGCCCAUGGGCGAGGGCGACUCGGUGGACGCGCCACAGGACCCCGAGACCCAGCUUCAGGAGCAGGAGAAGAGGAUUGAAAUCUCCUGCACCCUGGCGACUGAGGCCUCCCGAAGGGGCCGCAUGCUGUCUGCUCAAUGUGCCACCCCAAGCCCUCCCACCUCCCCUGCUUCCCCGACUCCACCAGCCAACCCCCUCUCGUCUGAUCCCCCGCGGGGCACCGACAACAGCCAUUCUAUGCGGGUCUGAGCUGUGACUGCAAGCCCUGGCUGAGGCCAAUGCUGUGAAGUUCCACAGAGCCACCUUCUGAAGCCCUCUUCUGCCACACCUGGGGUCUAGGCUCCCUAUCUCACCUCCACCAUGCUCCCCACAGGACUGCUGUGGGGAGCCAGGCCUGGGGUGGCUUUGGCUGCUGAGAGGAGCACAGAUACCUCAAGACACAUGCACCCCCAUGGCCUCUUGGAUCAUGGCCCCAUUCUGGAGAAAUGGUCUGGUUGCUCCGCUCCGUGAGGGUCGUUGGACUGGGGCUAGGGACCGGCAUGAAGUGCAGCCCGCCACCUGGCACUGAACACAUAGGAGCACCCACAACUGGUGACAGUGGAUACAUUGGAACCUUCUGGGAAGGAGAGAACAUAGGCCAGGAGGUGGAUGAGACGGACAUAUCUCCUCCCCCACCCCCAGAGAAGUCCUGCUUAGCCUAGAACCCUGACACCAAGGAAGAAGCCCUAGCUGCCCUCUACUAUUCUCCGCAGUUCCACUUUCUCAAUUUAAACCCUCAGCUUUAAUGAAUCUUGGCUCGUGGACGCCCUCUGGGGACAGAAGAGGGACUGGUCAACUUGACUGUGCCAAAGACAAGUGUAAUGGGUCAAGAGAAGGAUACAAGGAUGUGAAUGUCAGUCACAGCACUCAGUGGUGGUGGUGCAGGUGGUGGGGUGCAGUGGUUAGGGAACCAGCAGGUCUGUGUAGUGUCUAAGAACAAGUCGAGGAGGGUGAAGGGAUGGGGAGGCAGAAGAAAGUGGUUGGGGUGGCUUUCCCAACAACAUUCACUUGCAAGCUGAAGAGGAGGGGGGAAAGAAGAAAGACGGGGCUGAAAAAGUAGCUCAAAAUUUGUUUUCUCAGAGUGAAGCCGCCACUUAACAAUGAAGGCAAUACCAGAUUGGCGUUUCACUCCCAGGAGCUCUCUUCUGGGCACCCCACCCCCUCAAGAUAGCCUGAGGAAGACACACUAGGGCACAUGCUUCUUCAGGCUCAUGGUUCUAAUUUGAAUUGGGAGAUCUUUGAUGAGAACCUGGGAAGCUUCUCUGGAUAGAUGGAUGUCCUGGGGUCUACGUGUGCUCCCUAGGGGUGGCACCUGGUAAAGGCGAAAUGGGGGAAGAUCUCACUUAGCCAGUUUGGUGACAUUUCCCUGGUCCCCAUCCCUUAGUUUCCAGCAGACAGAAUUUAGAACCCAAAGGUCCAAUCCAUCGCCUACUCCACCCCCCCAUUCUUCCAGAGGAUUCCCAGUCAGGGCCAGGUUUCCGAGACACUGGAAUUCUAACAUGAGGAACUUUCUGGCACCUCCAGUGCAGAGGGCGAGGAUGUGUAGAGAUGAACAUCAAGGCAUCUUACUCUUUCCUACUCAAUAACAUAAGACAGAAGCAGCUAGAGAAGGAGAAGAGUAAGCAUGAUGCCCUUUUCUUUUUGCCAUAAUUACUAACCUAAGGGUCACUCUGAUAUAGUAGACCACUCCCACACAUUCCAAUGCCCUGGUAGUUCAACCCUGAGGAGAGAUGCAAACGACAACUGUUUAGCAUUCUCUCUCCCUUGCCCCAACCCCUUCUCCUUCUUGCUGGCUAGGAUAGUUACUAUGCCUAUAUAAAUAUGAUUCCCAAAAUAAGUCACUGCCCUCCUAAAGGACACCCCCUUACGUACAUGCACCUCGUUGCUCAAAAAAGAUGACAGCUCAUAUCCAUUUUCAUCAUGUAUUUUGAUCUCACCCCUGCAUACUGUUCUAAGCCUCAUUGAAGCAUCCCUAGCCUGUUCUUCCUGUUUGGGGGAGAGGGUGGGUGUGGAGAAAGAAGGGUACCCAAUGAUCUUUCUCUUCAGCAUCUUCCUCCUCUUAUCCCAUUUAACUCCCUGUGAAGAAGCCUGUUUCCUCCUACUUUGAACUGAUUUCCAGGGGCUGUUAACCCUUCCUGGAGUUUAUCUGUCUCCCCUCUCCCCUAUCCCCUUUUAAAAAAGAGAAUAAUUUUCAAAAGAAAUACAUGUAAAAUAGCAGGAAAUAACGUCUGCACCUCUCCCACCUCUUUCUCACCCAUUAUUUCAUAAAGCUGGCUCUUUAUGUUACUCUACAUGCCUUAAUAUAUGUUUUAUGGAAAUUAUACAUAUUAUAUAUAAUAUAUAUUUGUUUGGAUGUCUUAUCUGUUUCUGGAGCCCCUAACCUUAACUAUUUCUCUCUUUCCCUUACCCUCUAUACUGUUUCAGGUCACGGCCCACGAGUGGACCUCUGUACCCCCUUCUUCUAGUCCCCUUUUUACCCAAAAGUGAAAAAAGGACUUUUCAGAUAGAUCUAUUUUCUGCUUUUGUUAAUGGCAAAUCUAUUUUCCAAUUGUAGAAUGUCCAAGCUGAUGUAGUUGCCAGUUCAUGGGGAGAUUGGGAGUAGAAGGCUCAGUAUCACCACCACCCUCUCCACAAAAAAAAGGAAAAAAAAAGCUCUCUCUGCUCAUGGAUUGCUAACUAUUUCCCAAUCCAGAAAAGGCAAGAACCCCAUUCAAAAAGAUGUUAAAGAAAUCUUUAUUUUCCCCGGGUUUUUCUCUUGAAGGUCUUCAGAAAACUUGAUAUUCUGGUCAACUUCCUACUGAGUGCAGAUGGAUUUAUUUGUGAGUCUCAGCCAAUUCUCCUCACCCAAGCUGGAAAUUCACACUCAGGUCAGCCUAAGCUAAACAGAACCAGGAAAGCAAAUCUACUGCGGGGCCGUGAUAUAAUGUCUUCCAAAGCCAAACAAAAAUGAUUUGGGCAUUACUGAUGCUGACUGCUCCCCUCCUAGCAUGGAGCAUUGAGAGCUGUUUGGAUCUUCUUCCCAUUUUUGUUUGAUCCAAUUCUCCCCUACCCAGGUGUCUGGAAGGCAUCUCCAGCUGUGUUCCCUCCCUCCCUCCCUCGAGGGACUGUCCCUUAGACUAACCUUGGGAUUAGUACCCUCAGCCUGGCAUCCAGGCUGCCAAACAAGGUCAAGUGCCAAGGAAGAUUCCAAAGGAUGAUGUAGCCUAUUCAGCCUUGCCAAGAGGACCCGGACCCAAUCCAUCCACUGAAAUGUAUUCUCUGUACUGAAAUAAAGCAAAGCAACAAUCCUAGCUGCUCUCUUGCCAUGAGAUGAGAUAAGCAGGCAAGGAGCAAUAUUGUGGGGAGGGUACAGACAAUCAGGAGGUCUCUGUACUCUUGCGUCAAGGCCCUGUACCCAUAGGAUGGAAUGGCACAUGAUUCUCAGCAGGAAUUUAGAGCUUGACUUUGCACCUCAAGAAACGUCUUGGUGCUUGCUUCUCCACUUAACCAGCCCAGCAUGAACUGUAUCUCCCAGCAAGUGAGAUGGGGGAUUUAGUGUCCAGCUUGCCCCCACCCACUCCCAUCUCAAAUAGCUAUGGUCUGGACUCUGGAAAAAGUCCUAAUGGUGUUAUCCAUGCAGGGGAAAUCCCUGAUUAAUAUCCUAGGGUUGCCCCAGUCAAUAAUUCCCUCCAUCCAUGACUCGUGUUUGGGUUUGUCCUGUUGCAAAGGUCACUUUAACUAUAUUCCAGCUAUGUGGACUCUCUUUCCUUGUCCAGGGCUUAGGCAGAGCCCUGCGCUUAUUGGGGGAAAGGGGUGGGGGAGGGAGGAAGGAAUGACUGUUGGUUGAGAUGGGAUUGAUUUCCUUGUCUUUCUGUAACACCUUCCACCUGAUCACUCUUGUAACCAAGAAGACUCCACAGGAGUGAACUAUAUAUCUACUUAUGCACAUUCUGGGGACAAUUUAAUCUUGCUAGAUUUAGACAAUAAACCUAACGAGGAAACCUGUGAUGUUGGCGUCUUUAUUCGAUAUCAAAGUGACCUUAGGAGAUAAUUUGAAGUUGAGUAUCCUCCAAGAAGCUGUAGCAUCCUCAUAGCAUCUUUCUUGCCCAGGAGGGGGAGAUCCUGGCUCCCUGGAAUGGGUGAUCGUUCACUUUUUCCUUUCAGCGGUCAUUCUUUUUAGAUGUAGCAACUAUUAGAGCAGUCCCAGUUCUCAAAGAGAGCUGCAUUUGUAUAAAUAUAAGUUUGUAUAAAACUAAAACAGGAAAUAAAAUGGAUGGUUUGUA